GCACACAUGCUGCAUCCACGCGACGAAGGGCUCUGCUCUCAUGGGCAAGCCGGCACUCCACGAGAACGGAGCGCGCCGACAGUACCACGACUGCGUCCGCGGGAAGAACGACUUUUCGCGCUCUCUAAAACCCGAACGAAACGUGUUCAGUAUCCCGAUUGGGACAAUCGGCACGCCGACGGCGUGACUUGAUCAGGACUCGCGCUCUUCCGCGGAAUAGCUGAUUACAACCGAAUUAACGGGAUAAGAACGGUGACGACAUGGCGCAUCCAAAAAAAUGGAAGAACUGCAUGUCAGAGAACAUGCUAACGAUGUUGACUGUGCUCGGUGUUUUAGCCGGUACUGUCCUCGGUUUCAUACUGAGAUACUCCAGGGACGAGCCAUGGACGAAGCGUGAGAUAAUGUACAUCCAGUUUCCAGGAGAUAUUUUUCUUAGGAUGCUGAAGGCUCUUAUUUUGCCAUUAAUCGUAGCUAGCAUUGUCAGCGCUAUCGGUGGAUUAGAUCUAAGCUUAUCCGGGAGGAUCGGUGUACGAUCGAUUUAUUAUUAUGCGUCGACUACGAUAUCCGCGGUAGUUCUUGGAAUAAUACUCGUUUUAAUUAUUAAACCUGGAGAGGUCAGCUCGCAUGGUUUAACUACAAAUGAGGCUGCAAAACCACCCAGGAAUGUUACUACCGUAGAUACACUAUUAGAUCUAGUCAGGAAUGUGUUCCCACCCAAUCUUGUACAAGCCUGUAUUGCUCAAUACCGUACAAUAUUAAUUGAGCCUGAAGAUGCAAUAAAAGCCGCUAAUUUACAGAACUGGGAAAUAUCUCACAAAUAUGGAGAUGGUACAAAUACUUUAGGCUUAGUAGUUUUUGGAAUUGUGUUCGGUAUAGCUAUUAGCAAAAUGGGAGAGGCUGGAAAACCCCUACUGACUUUCUUUGAUACUUUGUCUGAAGCAUCUAUGCUUAUUACUAAAUGGGUUAUAUGGAUUUCUCCAAUUGGUGUUCUCUUUCUUGUCACCUCUAAACUUUUAGAAAUCGAAGAUAUCGGCGCCAUUGUUGGACAACUAGGUUUAUAUUUCGUCACAGUAUUAUUAGGUCUGAUUAUACAUGGUUGCGGUACGUUGUCCAUCAUAUUCUUCAUUUGUACCAGAGAAUUGCCAUUCAAAUUACUUGCCAAAAUGGGUCAAGUUUUGGCCACUGCAUUUGGCACUUCAUCUAGCACUGCCACUCUUCCUGUAACAAUACAGUGUUUAGACAACAUUGGUGUAGAUCCUAGAAUUACAAGAUUUGUUGUGCCAAUUGGUGCUACCAUCAACAUGGAUGGAACUGCAUUGUAUGAAGCUAUUGCUGCCAUAUUUAUAGCUCAAGUCAGAAAAGUUCCAAUGUCUCUCGGUACUGUUAUUGGUGUUAGCGUAACUGCUACUGCAGCCAGUAUAGGAGCUGCUGGUAUUCCACAAGCUGGUCUUGUUACAAUGGUUAUGGUUUUGGAUACCGUAGGUUUGCCUGCUGAAGAUGUAACGCUUAUUAUUGCGGUCGAUUGGCUCUUGGAUCGUUUCCGAACAACGAUAAACGUUAUAUGCGACGCACUCGGAGCUUAUGUUGUUGAACAUAUGAGUAGGAAGGAACUUGAAUCAACUGUCAAUCUUCCAGAAGAGACAAUUGAACUAGCCAGAGUAAGGAAAGUUGAGGCAUAAAUUAUCAAUCUUUCCUUUUGCUAUUUGCCAUGAUAUUAUAUAAACACAAUUUUACUGUGUUUGUAUUUUUUUUUGUAUACUUCAUAGUCAAUUACUUGUACUAAUGUAUACUCAUCCUGGGUGCAAAUCUUACUUUACAAAGUAAUCUAUAUAUAAAUAUAUAUAUAUAUAUUUAUAUAAUUGCCGAAUAUUGUUAUUAGCAGGAUACUUAUUUAGAAAUUUAAAGCAACAAGAUCAAGCACUAAUGUACUUUUAAAGUCGCAUCAUUCAUUUUAAUUUUUCAUGAAUGUAUUAAAUACAUUGUUUUUGUUUUGUCUUGUUAUAAUAUUGUUUUAUAACGGUUGUUCUUAUAUGUAAAACCAAAAUACAACAUGACUCAUACUGUUAAAACAUUCCACAUAUUUAUUGAGUACAGCAAGUAUAAAAAAUUAUCUUGAAUAUUGUUUCUACAUGUAUCAUUUAUGUACAUAUAUAGUAUUU